GAUCUUGAAGUACGGAAUUUCAUCCAAUUUGCGAAGCCCUCUCGUUCUCUCGGUACUUCAUUUAUAAUCACAAAAUAUUGGAGCUGAGCAAAUAAGCAUACUAGGACGUCGGAAUCGAGUAUAGCUGGUGGUCAGACCGAGGCAUUUUUUCCGCAUUGUGGUCUCUACACCCGCGUCAUUGAGCGCUAUCUAAUACCUUUCCAGCUAUCGAAGCGAUCGGUCUCCUAUCACUCCUAUCACAGCACAAACAACACCACCCGCCAUGUCACUCUCCUCCUAUCUUGCCAAAAAUUACCUUACGGCCUCCACCUCCUCUUCCAGUACCUCCAAAGACAAAAAACGCAAACGCAAGACUGCCGCGCAAACCGGUCUCAUAAUCGCCGAUGACGAUGCUCCCGGUUGGUCCAAUUCUCAAGACCAUGCCUCCGACGACGAUACCCCCAUGAUCACCAACCACAGCACUUCUGAAUUCCGCAAAUCCAAAAAAUCAUCAUGGAAAACCGUGGGCGUACCGGCCCUCCAACCACAAAAUGAAGACACCGCCGAGGCCGAUCGGAUUAUCCAGCAAGCCGCCGCCGAAAACUCUGCCGCUCUCCACGCCGACGAAGAACCUACUAUUGAAGAAACUCGCGGCGGGCUACAGACGCGCGAUGAAGCCGCCGCGCAAGCCGAGAAGAAAAAACGAAUUGAAGCCGCGCAAUGGGCGCGCGAAUCUGGUUCGGGCAAGAGUAAGGGCAAGGAAGAGACGGUCUAUCGAGAUGCAACAGGUCGACGAAUCGACAUAAGUAUGCGACGUUCGGAAGCCAAGAAAGAAAUGGACGAAAAAGCACGAAAGGAAUUGGAAGAAAAAGAGGCGCAAAAGGGAGACAUACAAUUAUUAGCAAAGGCAAAAAGAAGAGAGGAAUUAGAUGAAGCGAAGUUUAUGACGGUGGCGAGAGGAGUGGAUGAUGUGGAGAUGAAUGAGGAACUGAAGGAAGUAGAGCGGUGGAAUGAUCCCGCAAUGCAAUUUUUGAGCAAAGAGAAGAAGGGAAAGAGUAGGACGGGGAAACCGUUAUACAAAGGUUCGGCGGCGCCGAAUCGAUAUGGCAUUCGACCGGGUCAUCGUUGGGAUGGGGUAGAUAGGGGUAAUGGAUGGGAGGCGGAGAGGUUCAAAGGGGAGAAUAGGAGGGUGAGGAAUAAGGAUUUGGAUUUUCAAUGGCAGAUGGAUACCUAAGCCUAUGUUACAUAUUACAAAUUGCCAGUUACGUAUACCCCGGGAAAGCGACGAUCAAUGGAGUUCAGAUAAUGAUAAUGCACGAUACGAACA